ACUUGGAGGGAAAUACAGCACAGGCGCGCACUGACAGGAUAUUAAAAACACACCAAAAAAAAAACAAAAAAAAAACAUGGAUUCGAUCUUGUCUUCAUAGUUUCUUCUAUUUUCACACCUCCAGGUCCUCUUCGGAGCUUUUUUUUUUUUUUUUUUUUCCCUGGUGCAUUUAUUCCAAACUGGAUGUUUAUCUCGGACUCUCGACGUCAAGUCGCCCCGAUGACUGAGCUCGGGUGCAGCCACGGACGGGGGUAAAGUUUCCACCCCUUUUAAACCUCCGGGAUUUCUGCCUGCAAAACUGCUUGGAUUGUACACCAUGAAGACCACCAUGACUGACGGAGGGCGGCUCCUGGUCCUGAUCAUGUGGUUGAACUUUGCGCCUCCAGCUGCCGGCUGCCCUGCCAAGUGUGUGUGCUACAGUGAACCGCGACCAACCGUGGCCUGCCAACAACAAGGACUCUUCUCCAUCCCUACUGAGAUCCCAGUGCGGAGCCAGAGAAUAUUCCUCCAAAGCAACAAGCUGACGGUAGUGAGGUCCACAAGCUUCAGUUCGUGCCAGAACUUAACCGUCCUUUGGCUCUACUCAAACAACAUAAGCUACAUUGAGGCCGGCGCCUUCUACGGCUUGGAGAAACUGGAGGAACUGGACAUUGGGGACAACAGCAACCUGCGCACAAUCAGCCCUACAGCCUUCCGAGGCUUAACAAAGCUGCACACGCUGCACCUGCACAGGUGCGGCCUGUCAGAGCUGCCGGUCGGGGUGUUCCGGGGAAUGUUCUCCCUGCAGUACCUUUACUUGCAGGAUAACAACAUUCUAACCCUGCACGACGACACUUUUCUGGACCUUGCCAACCUCACCUAUCUCUACCUGCACAAUAAUAAGAUCAAAAUCGUGACGGACAACAUGUUCCGUGGUUUGAUCAAUCUGGACCGCCUGCUGCUACACCAGAAUCGCGUCAUUCAUGUCCAGCCAAGGGCUUUUAGUGAUCUGGCUAAGCUCAAAUCUCUAUUUUUGUUUUUUAACAACCUGACCGUCUUGACAGGGGAAACAAUGGACCCGCUCACCACCCUCCAGUACUUGCGCUUAAACGGCAACCAGUGGAUUUGCGACUGCCGAGCCAGAACCCUGUGGGAGUGGUUCAAGCGUUUCAAGGGUUCUAGCUCGGAGUUGGAGUGCAACGUCCCAGAAUUCCUGGCCGGCAAGGACCUGAAACGACUAAAGAGUGAAGACAUGGAAGGAUGCGUGGAAACGCCUCAGGUCCAGACCAGUCUCUUCAGCUCGAAGGCCCCGUCUGGGAAGUUCCCCUCCACUGAAAAUCCUCUCGUGGACACAAUUCCCAGGUGUUGUCUUGGAGACAACGAUAAAUCCUCUAUCCUGUCCGGCAAGAGUCGCCAGAUCACCAACAACCCCCUGAAGGAAAAGGAGAACAUGUCUAAGACCAAACAUAAGGAACAAGAAAGAACAAAAAAUGAGACCCAGAACAAGCAGAAUGACGGACCGCUCGGGACCUUGUCCGACACCCUGGAAAAGUCUUUGGAAAGUAUAAACCCCGACCCUAUGGACAGUAUAGAAUCCUCUACAGCCUCAAACAAAAAGAAAAAGAAGUGCUCCAAAAAGCCCAGAUCAGACACCCACUGCGUCAAAGGCAGGGGCGCUACGUUGCAGGGUCUGAGCUUUCUCCUCGUUCCCACCGUCUGGAUCUCCUUAGCCAUGUCUUAGGACUCCCGGUGUCGCUCUCAAGGCAGGACUCAAAGUGACGGAUGCUCAUGACAAUGAUGAGAGACGAUGCUUUGUCAUCUGCGACAGACAGUGACUGACCAGUGAGUUGCUACAACCACGACAACAACAAUUGGGACGAAGAUAAGAGUACAUGUAACAAAAUGGAUGCCUUUACAGAACACUACAGAUCUGAUGUAAAUAAUGAAUCGGUGCCCUGAAUUGUUUGUUCUUUAUGUACUGAACUUUAUUGUGUCUACGCUGACCCUGUUCCACCUUCUUCAAAAGCUUCUACGGUUGAGACAAAACACCAAGAGUUGAAAAGAAACAGAAGAAUACGACCUCUGAGAAUUCCGACAUAGUAAGCACACAAAGAAUGUUGGGUCCGUUUAAUGAAAAUAAAAUGAACCCCCACCCAUUAUUUAUUGAAAGUGAUGCAUUUGUUGGGUAACGUUCUGUUUUUUCAUGUUUUUCAAAGAAAAACAGUUGUUGACCGCGUUCCCCCAUUUUUACUUUUAUUUUCACGAAAGAAAGGAUAUAUGGCGAGCAUUUGCCAAAAGAAUGCCGCCGAGUUGUUUAUUGCAAUGGAACCAUAUAGAUAUGCAUUUUAUUUUACUUGUGUACAAGUAUGAAUAUAUUAUGAAUAAAAGUUCUUAUUUCGUAA